AUGUCAAGAGAAGAAUAUAAGUUUUUGAAUAUUGCUAAAACGCUCGAAGAAGCUAAUGCUUUAGUACAACAGCUUGAUGUGUCAAAAUAUCGUACAUCAGGUUUACGUGAUGGUACAAAAUACUCAUAUAGAUGCCGUUUUUAUCGGAAGUAUCCAUUAUGCCGAUAUGAAGUACAAAUUUAUAUUCCAGACAAUGAAUUUGAUAUGAUUAAAUUAAUGUACAAAAACGCACAUUGCCACGAACAGCGCAAUGUUACAGGUCGUUUACCUUCUCCUGUUCGAGAAUCAGUUAAUAAAUAUGUAACAUGUCAACUCACACAAGGUCAAAUUAAAAAUGCGUUAUCUAUUGAUUAUCCUAAUAUUCCAUUACCAAUUAAUCAAUUGACAAGUUUAAUAAAUUAUACCCGAAGACGAAAUAAUCCUGAAAUAUUCUCAGUAUAUGAUUUUAAUCAAUGGUGCAUGAAUCAUAACUAUGAUGAUAAUUUAUUAUAUUCAACAUUUGUACCUUAUUAUUCGAUUAAAAAUAUUGAUGAUAUUUUUGUAUUCUUUACUACAAAACAAUUAAUUCAACAAAUACAAUGUACAACUUUAUUGCAAGUGGAUGCCACAUAUAAACUUACGUGGAACAACUUACCUUUAUUAGUAUUUGGUUCAUCUGAUGCUGAUCGUCAUUUUUGUCCGUUUGGAAUCGCCUUGGUGUCCAGCGACGAACAUUCAAGUUGUUUUAAAGAAUUAUUUAUUCAACUUCAAAAUAUAUCAGCUAAAUAUUUUAAUCGUCAAUAUACUGUUAAUUAUAUUAUGGCUGAUGGUGCACCAGGUAUUACCAAAGCUCAACAAGAAGUGUUUCCACAAGCUAAACGUCUCAUGUGCUGGGCACACACUGUCAGAAAAAUCCGUGAACAUAGGAAACUAGUACCAACAGAUAAGUGGAAUGAAGUAGAUAGUGAUAUCCAUAACUUACAAUUAUGUUUUUCAGAUAAUAUAUUUAAUUGUGCUGUAUCAUUAUUAAAUUUGAAAUGGAAUAAUUAUCCAUUAAUGAAACAAUUUCAAGAAUAUUUUUUCAAUGAAUGGAUUAAGAAACUACCUCUGUGGUAUGAAGGUGCUGCAUGUCAUAUACCUUCUACAAAUAACGGAUGCGAGUCUUUAAAUGGGAAAAUCAAGCAACAAUAUACAUUAAGAAACAAACUUCAUCUAUCAUCAUUUUUACCAAAAAUUGAACAAAUGUUGCAUGCUUGGCCCAUCAAAUCAUCCUCGAAUGGUUUUAUUGCCAAGCCGUCCAUAUCAACUGAAUUAGAAUUAACAGCAUUUAAAUGGUCAAACACAAUUAACCAAAUUGAUAUUUUACAUUGGUUUGGUAAUUGGUAUAUAGUCCCAUCAUCAAAUCCAACAAUAACACCAGCAAUGUGGCUUCAAAUAUAUCAAAUGCAGCAAUGGCAGACAUUUAAUGACUUUAUCAUUUGGUUAAAAUCAUGUUAUUUAGUUUCACCACUUCAUUCAUGUACUUGCCCAAAGGGUAUGAAAUUAUAUAUAUGUAAACAUUCAUUUGGUUCAGCGAUGAUAUUUAACAUGCAUGAAGUUAAAGACAAAACACGUUCGGAACUUCUAGGUCAACGACGAGGUAAAGGUAGAUCAAAAAAAGUUAAAUCUGCUCUAGAAUUUUGA